AUGCACACCGUCUUCGCCCUCAAAGUCACUUUCUUCCCCCGCGAGACCAAGGGCCCCACUACAACCACUGCAGCCAUCAAAGCUCAAUUGCCUCUCGCGACAGUUUCCAAAAAGACAUUCAAAGACACCUCUACGAGCACUGAACCCGAAGAGGAAGCUCAAAUCCGCGAGCCAGAGCUCGAGCUCCCGGCGAUGCCGAAGCGUGCAUAUAUCAAGCCUGCCGGCUACCGCUCCGAUGGUGUUACUGUUGGUGUUAUUCCGGGGAUUGGGGGUUGA